AUGAGCGGUAGCGGUGCUGAAGUCGCCGCAACGUCGACUUCGACUGACGCAAGUCUGCAGACUGAGACGACACCUUACAUCAUAAGACUCCUUGUGAAAGUAUUCCGGCUGCUCUUAUCGCUACCUCCCUCUUCGUUCGAUUCCUCAACAACUGCGAACAACACUACAUCACAGAUUCGUCAGCCGACUGUGAAACGGCAGUCAUCGCUUCUUUCUGGAACGUUCGUUGAGUUCUGGACUUCGUCUUCGCUGGCGAGCAACUUCUCCAUUGACAUCGUGGAAGGCAUCAUGAUAUCACUCGGGCUGGUCGCGAGCUUCAUCUUGGUCUUUCUCAUACGUGAAUGGGUCAUCAACCAGCAACCAAUGCUGAACAAUCCGGAGCCUGCGGAUGGGGAGGAUAUAAACGUACAAGACCAGAAUGACGUACAAAGACCGCUGAUCCGGCCUCGACGCCGCCGCCAGAAUGCAGAACUGGUGCACAACCCAGCAGUUGACAACCCACUGGCUGCCAACGCUCGUAGAAAUCUGCGGCCCCGUGCCAUGACCGACGACAAUAUUGUGGCUUCUGCACCACCCAGAGCAGCGCCAGUGCGUUCACAGAGCCUGGUCACACCGACUGCGGGAAUUGAUGAAGUGCCUAUCUCAGCUUCAGCGCCCCUCCAAAGUGAAGAUGAUGUUGCGCCUGUUCUUCUCAGAGGAAUGGUUGGCGACGCCGUCGAUGCUCGAAGAGUGCUCGAAGAAAGAAUUGUUGACGGCGAUCCAGUCACAGCAUCCAACGACGCAUCAGAUCAUCCGGCUUCCACUAACGCCUCUGCUUCUACGCCCGGACUAGAGUUUCCGACAGAUGAUCCCCUUAGUCAAUCUAUCGAAAUUGAGCGCCAAAUUCCAGUUUCGCCCCCUGAAGGCGACAUCACGGCGUCCGUCAGAGGCGAAGCAUCACAAAAUGCUGCACCAGCCAUUGCUGGUGCUGUUGAGGAUGCGCCAGAAGGCGCCAGCCAAGCUACGGCGGUCGACGAGGCCGAAAUUUUGGAGCGGCUGAACUCCACUGACCCAGCUGUUGAGCGCGAAGACAACGAUACACCUGCAGUGGCCGCCGACUUCCCACUGGGCAGAUUAGGCCACUGGUUCUGGCACGUCGAGGGUGUUCCACACGUGGACCGCCAUCGAAACCUGCCACACGAGCUUCCCAAUGAACAAAACAAUGCAACAAAUGCUCACGGUCUUGCGCAAGCUGGUGCAGGAGGCCAUCAUGGUCAUGUCGCACCAGAGGCACCGCGUCAGCCACAGCUCUUGCCGGACGAAGCCAUGCCUCCCGGGUUCGAUGCUAAUGAUCCAAAUGCAUUUGAAGAUGCGGAAGAGCUUGAGGGUGUUCUGGAGCUGAUAGGCAUGGAAGGCCCUAUUGUCGGCAUGGUUCAGAACGUUGUCUUCAGUCUGAUACUGAUCAGCUUGACCUUGUCGGCAGCACUGUGGAUCCCCUACAUAUGGGGCAAGAUUGGCCUGAUCGUGGUCACGAACCCUAUCACAGUGUUCGUGAGAGGUCCGAUCUACUUCAUCGCUAGAGCCGUUGAUCUGAUCGCCGAUGGCUGCUUCUUCCUCCUCGGACUACUCGGCUUGGUUUUCAACAUGCUCGCCAAGGUCGUCAAGCAAAUAACGAAAUCUUUCAUCCCGACGUAUAGCGACCUGAUCGACGUCGAGACAUUCGAAGAACUCGCGAUCAAUGUCACAGCACGGAGCGGAUCCAGGCUCGAGCGAAACCUGUCCGGAGCUGUCACUUGGUUCAAUCCGGAUUUGCCCACCUUCUCUGCACAGUCUCACAAGUCGCUAGUGAUUUUCAAGGCCUCUAUAGUUUCUUUCUUCUCUGGAGCUGCACAGCGACUUGCGAGCCUUUACGAUACUACCGGAGCUCUCCUGCGGUCACCCUCGAUGCUUGUAAAAGCUGUUCACACACUCAUUCUUGCCGUUCCUCGACUCCCAGGCUACAUUACGAACACAUGUGUUACCACGGCCCGAAGCUUGAGCAAUGUGUUGAGUGUGAAGAGCUAUCCCUCGCAAGAGCAGGCCCUGAAAGCUGACGUACCUGCUACAACUUCGGUCCACUGGAGUGCUUCGGACAAAGUAAUCGCUGUUGUCAUCGGCUACAUCGUCUUUGCCGUUUCAGCAGCGAUCUUCAUGAAAGUGGCUCACGCUGUCAUGGGCCUGAAAAAGGACCAGAAGCUGGAUGGCUCAGUAUUUGACCGCAUCCGCGAAGCUGGGGGCGUGAUGAAGGUCAUUGUCAUAAUAGGGAUCGAGAUGAUCGUAUUUCCACUCUACUGUGGCCUCCUCCUGGAUCUGGCGUUGCUACCUUUAUUUGAAGGUGCUACGAUCAACACACGGUUAGCCUUCAUCUACAAGGCUCCUUGCACCGGACUCUUCUUGCAUUGGUUCGCAGGAACUUGCUACAUGUUUCACUUCGCUCUAUUCGUGUCAAUGUGUCGAAAAAUUCUCAGAAAGGGUGUACUAUAUUUCAUCCGGGAUCCUGACGAUCCUACGUUUCAUCCAGUUCGUGAUGUUCUUGAGCGGCCUGUACCAACACAGCUUGGCAAAAUUGCAUUCUCCGCGUUGGUGUAUGGCGGUUUGGUCAUAAUGUGCCUCGGCGGAGUUGUCUGGAGCAUUGGACGAUUCACAUCGGUCUUACCGAUUCACUUUACCGGAAAUUCGCCAAAACUAGCCUUUCCGGUCGACGUCGUCUUUUUCAAUAUCGUUCUUCAAUUUGGUAUACGAAAGCUGAAGCCGUCCGAAAAGAUCUCGGCGGUUUAUGAAUGGUGGUUCCGUGGUAUUGCUCAUGGUCUUCGACUUUCGCACUUCCUUUUCGGCGAGGAAAGAGAAGAUGAGAAGAAACCUCGGAUGCGCAACGGAGUAUUGUCCUGGCACCGAAUGGGAAAGGAAAAUGAGUCUGAGCAGCCAGAGAAGGAAGGAACGUACGUUCGUGCUCCGGCUUCUGACUUCUGCCGUAUUCCCAAGAAUCAGAAAGCUUUUCUCGAGGUCGACGAGGAGAACAAGCGCAUCGACGGCCUCCCUGACAGCGAAAAGGGUUUGCAUGGAUCAGACAACGCCAACUUCAAGAAGAUAUGGCUACCGCCGCAAUUCAAGCCCAGAAUGGCGACGUGUGUGAUUCUAUUGUGGCUGUUUGCCGCCAGUACUGGCAUCGGCUGUACGAUUGGACCUCUGGUAAUCGGGCGAUGGAUCCUUCACCGUCUACUGGAAGUCGAGGGUCCAGUCAAUGACCUCUAUGCUCUCACAAUUGGCCUGCAUCUCUUGGCCGCUGCCGCAAGCGCUGCUUACUUUGCACGGUCGACCUACGGAUGGAUCCAUGCAAAGUCAACAGACACAAUCCCACCACGGCAGAUCGUAGUCUCCAAACUCAUGGCGAUGGCUUCGUACGUCGCACGAUACCUCUAUCUCGCCAUCUCAAUCGGGGUCAUCAUCCCCUUCACGCUCUCGCUGAUCGUCGAGCUCUACAUCCACAUUCCUAUCUACACAUACUUGCUCAAAGGCGGAAACACGAAUGCCACACACAAUGCAACGAUCGGAUUCUCAGGCAACAGCACUUCAACGGCCAAUCCAUCCAGCACAAGUCUUGCUGCUCCGUCUCAGCCGAUUCCACCUACAGUGUUUCUGUUGCAGACGUGGGCGCUCGGCCUCUUCUACCUGCGUCUCAUUCUUCGCACGGCGAUGAACUAUCCGUGUCAGCACGAGUACCACGCCGCUGCUCUUCGAAGCAUUUAUCGCAACGGAUAUCGCGACCUUGACGUCCGCUUAGCCACGCGAGCGUUGAUCAUCCCGCUUACGUUGCUUUGCACCGUCUUGCUGCUGUUGCCACUUCUUGUGGCCAAGAUCACCACCAAGGGCUGGAAAAUUACAGACGAGGCAGAGGUGAUGAAGAUCUACCGUGCCGCUUAUCCUUGCGUUAUGAGCUGGGGCCUUCUCGUCUACCUUGGCUCCAUCUUGAAGGUCCGCCUCAGUGUCUGGCGGACAAUGGUGCGAGACGAGGUCUACUUGGUUGGAGAGCGGCUGCACAAUUACGUCAAUCCUGUCACGACCCCGACUGCGGCAGGGGAUGAAGGAAAGGGGAAAGCAAAAGCGAUCCCUAUAAGUUCUGAUUUAGUCGAUGUCGCUAGCGUGGCGGCAAAUGCGGGCAGCGCUGAUGACGAUGACAUGGUCUCGGAUUACAAGACACCGGUGCGUAAAGACAACACCUCGGACAGUGCGGAAGUACCUGUCGACUCCCAUGAGUCGUCUGCAUCGAAGUCUGCCGACGAGGCCUUACUUGGGGCUGAGAUGCUGGACGCUUUUGAUUACGCGCGAGCUACUGCUUUGAACAGGAUAGACACGGGCGAAGUUAUCGCUGCGAAGGGCUCGACUUCACGUGCUAUGGGUCAGAAGAAGUGA